AUGCCUGGCUCGGCUAGACAGAGAGACAGAAGCCAGCCCCAGGCGCUCCAUACCCAUGAAGGAGAACUGCUUGGCACACCCACGUGGAAGGCCCAUUUCUUGCAGCCCUGCAAGACCAAGGUCUCCCCCAAAAGCAACGCAGAGGAAGCCAAGCAGAGGCGCAAGCCCAGGCCAAUGCGCUCCAAGGCUCGGCGCAUGGCUGCCAACGUCCGCGAGCGCAAGAGGAUCCUGGACUACAACCAAGCCUUCAACGCCCUUCGACUUGCCCUCAAGCAUGACCUCGGGGGCAAGCGGCUCUCCAAGAUUGCCACCUUGCGCAGGGCCAUUCACCGGAUUGCCUCCCUCUCCACUUCUCUGCGGUCUGUGUCUCGGUGGCCUUGUGCUCAUGCGGAAUGCCACAGGCCCUUUGGCCAGGAAAGCGUCAAAGGCAACCUCAUUCCCUCCGGCCUUAUUCCACUGCCUCAGGAGGCCAACUGUGGCGACUUACUGCCCUUUCAGUCACAUACGACGACUUCUUUGGCAUGUGGCAAGUGCCUCCCCGACUCUUCUCUCCAGCCCUUCUACGAAAGCCCAAAGGAGGGCAACUACGUCCCCAGCCCUGCUUAUCACUCCAGUGGCCACUGUCUCUUUGGGACUCGUGCUGUCUGCCAACCAAGACAGGUGGAUUAUGGCCGAAGUUGCCCUUCAGGAAAUUUCCCUUGGGAAUAUGGAUUUUUCUCCUCUUCACCCAUGGCCUGA